AUGGAAAGUGGUUGCCAUUUAAGAACAUUUGCUAGGGAUUUAUACCCUUUUUCACCAACAAUAAUUUGGGAGCUUUGUUCCCCCUUCAAAAUUAAUUUGACCUGUUCUUGGAGUGAAGAUUUUCAGCAUCAAUGGUCUGCUCCAGCUCCUACCCAAGGUCCCACCAGUGCUGGGGCUGCAGGGCCACCUCCUGCUACCAAUGUGUCAAGCAGCAAACGGCUGCAGCAGACACAAGCCCGGGUGGAUGAGGUGGUAGACAUCAUGAGAAUGAACGUGGACAAGGUGCUAGAAAGAGACCAGAAGCUAUCAGAGCUUGACAACCGGGCAGAUGCAUUGCAAGCAGGUGCCUCACAGUUUGAAACCAGUGCAGCCAAACUGAAGAGAAAAUACUGGUGGAAAAAUUGCAAGAUGAUGAUCAUCCUUGGUGUAGUAUGCGCAGUCAUUCUCAUUAUAAUUAUAAUUUAUUUCUCCACUUGAAAAAGCAAAGAAGGAAGACUUGGCACAACUUUAUUCAUAU